AUGCCCCGUGCCUUCCUGGUCAGGAGUCGGCGUCGACAGCCACCCAACUGGAGCCACCUGCCUGACCGGCUCCGGGGAGACGCCUAUGUCCCAGACUGCAGCAGCCUGGGAGGACCGCCGGCACCCCAGUCUUCCAGCCCUGGGGACUCCUGGGCAGCGGUGAGUCUGCAAACGGCCCACAAGCCCCUGCUGUUUCACCCCUGCUGUUUCACCCCUGCUCACUCCUGUCUCAGCGAACCUGACGGCCCUUUCCUCUCGGAGGCGGUGGGGAUCCGGCCGUUCCGCUGCGGGUCGUGUGGCAAAGCAUUUACGCAGCGCUGCUCGCUGGAAGCGCACCUCGCCAAGGUGCACGGGCAGCCGGCCAGCUACGCUUAUCGUGAGCGCCGCGAGAAGCUGCACGUGUGCGAGGACUGCGGCUUCACCAGCUCCCGCCCCGACGCCUACGCGCAGCACCGCGCCCUGCACCGCGCGGCCUGA